AUGCCUUGCGAUUCCGAUGAUAUCUAUUCUAGUUUCUUACCUCUAAAUAACUAUCAAUGGUCUUGUCCAAAAUGUUUCUUCGACAAUCCUAGUACAAAUUAUUCUACUUGUGAAAUAUGCAAUUAUACAAAUCCUAAUGUUAAUGAAGACUUAUUCGUAUUUGAUUCAAUAGAAUUGAACUGGAAAUGUCCUUGGUGUCAAUUGAAAAAUCAGGCAAACAAUGCAUUUUGUGAGUCUUGUUGUCAAAUAAAACCAGCAUUGGAAUAUAAUGAAUUAGAUUUUCUCAAUAGAACAUUGACUAAAUUAACACCAAGAUCGAUUACUAUUCGUGAUCAUCCAGAUCAAUUUGAAUUAAAUUCUGAAAUUAAAUUUCAAGAAAUGAUCUCAUUUUGUAAAGAGGCUGAAAUAAACUUUGUCGACGAUCAAUUUAUUCCAUCGAAUCAUUCUCUCGGUUCAAAUUCUUUCAGUAAUGUUGUUCAAUGGUUACGAAUUUCUGAUACUUUUCCAUUAUCUGAUAAAGAUCAUUGUCAUUCAUGGACUGUCUUUUCAUCACCAGAACCAAGUGAUAUUGAACAAGGUGCAUUAGGUAAUUGUUGGUUAAUGGCAGCUUUAGCUUUAAUUACUGAACGACCUCGAAUACUUGAACAUAUUCUUCUUACACAAACUAUAAAUAAUGAAGGUAUCUAUUUCGUUCGUAUUUGUUAUAAUGGUCUAUGGAAAACAAUUAUUAUUGAUGAUUAUUUUCCUUGUACAAAUCAAAAACAUCUUGUAUUCUCUCGAGCUAGACGUUAUCAAUUAUUUGUUCCAUUAAUUGAAAAAGCAUGUGCAAAAUUAUUUGGUUCAUAUAAUAAUUUAAUUAAUGGAAGUAUACUUGAAGGUCUUCAAUUAUUAACUGGAACACCAUGUGAUUAUAUUGAUCUACAAUUAUCAGAUGAAAAACUUGAUAAUGAUAUUAUUUGGGCUAAACUUGUAUCGGCUUACGAAUCAAAUUUAUUAAUUGGUGCAUCAACUGGUCGUAAAGAUAUGAAUGAAAGAGAAUAUUCUCUUGUAGGUAUUCCAAAUAAUCAUGCAUUUUCUAUUUUGGCAGCUUAUACUUUUUCGGAUUAUUCAUCACGUUUUGUUCUUGUUCGUGAUCCACAUGCUCGUUCGAAUUAUAUUGAUAAAUAUGUGACAUCAAUUAUUCUUGAUCGAUUACGAUUGAUUAAUGAUACAUCUCAUUCUUCAGGUGCAUUUUGGAUUUCUUGGUCAAUAUUUCUUCGUUAUUUUUCAACAAUAACUAUUUCAAAUUAUAAUGAAGAUCAUUUUGAUAUACGACAUGAAGGAAAAUUUACUUGUUCAUCUAUACAACAUGUUCCUUGUUAUCGUUUUCAUAUUUCUGAGACAUCAUUGAUUAAUAUAAGUUUAAUAUAUCAUCGUCAUGAUCGAAAAAUACAUCCCUAUCAUACACAAUCAUUUGUUUUAUGUGAUAUUGAUACAGAAUUAUCAUUUGAUAAUAUUGGAAAAUAUGAAAAUAUUCUUAAAAGUCGUCAAGGAGGAUUUACUUAUUGGACAGGUUCAUUACGACCUGGCAAUUAUAUACUUAUACCUUUCUCGAUUAGUUUCUGGGGACAAGAUACAAAAAAUAAUGAUUAUACUCUUGUAAUUCAUUCAAGUAUUCCUAUUGAUUUGACUAUUGCUCUAGAACCACCGAUACUUCUUGCUGAUUGUCUUAUUUCAGCAGUGAUAAAAAAAUAUCAUAUUUCAACAAAGAAAGAAGACAUGACUUAUUAUAUUACACCAAAAGAAAUAGCAUUGAUGUUACUUAUUGUUGAAAAUCGAUCGACAAAUUAUCAUUUGAAUUUUGAUACAAAUAUGAUUACUCAAUCAAAAAAUCUCCAACAUUCUCGAUUUUCUUGGAAUACUCAUGAUUGCAUUCCAUCUUAUCAUCGUCAAUUGAUCUUCAUUACUGAAUGGACUAGUAAACCUCAUUCAAUGAACAAUUACACAUAUAAUUUAACAUAUAAACAUAAUACUCACACAACUGAUGCCACACCAGAAGUUAAUAGUUAUUUGGAUGAUCUUCAUACACCACGAUUAUUUUGA